CUGCGGGGAAGUCAAGGGGUCGUCCCCGCCGGGGUUCGACCUCGACUUGACUUCCCAAAUGAGCUUGAGCCCAGAUGCAGCACACAGAAUCGUCUGCAGGAGAGGUAAUGGCAAGCAGAACGAUGGGUCAACUGAAAUAUCCGAGAAAUGGCCCGCGUCAAAUUGACACCCCGGCGGGUGCGGAAUGCGGAUCCCCAUGGUAUUAACCCCGCGAACCGGCCCCUCAUAGAUCUCAUGGGGAUUCAACAUCAACACCACCCGGUCCAGCCUAGACUACACUCGAUCCUCAUACGCUCCUAUCGACAUAUUGAAAACCAUCUAUGCCCUACACCCAAACCUAAGCGCCGUAGUAUAGCACAGUAAACCCGCCAAGCCAUGCCCCCAACCAACCUCCUCCUUGGCGCUACCGCCAUCAUCACAGGCGGCACAACCGGCAUCGGCCGCGCCAUCGCCCUCGCCUUCCUCGCACAGGGCUGCAACGUAGCCGUGAACCACCUCGACCUGGAAAAGGACAAGCCCCACCUCGACUCCCUCCUCUCCGAAGCCGCGGCCCUGCACGAAGCCAGCCCAACCACCGCCGGGAAGCUCGCCCACCUGCCAGGCGACGUGCGCGACCCGGCCACCGGCCCGGCGCUCGUCUCCUUCGCCCUGUCCCAAUUCAACACCACCCGCCUGGACAUCUGCGUCGCCAACGCGGGGAUCUGCACCUUCGCGCCCUUCCUCGACCUCUCCCCGGACCUGUUCUCCAACACGGUGCGCACCAACCUCGACGGCGCCUUCUACAUGGUCCAGGCCGCGGCGCGGCACAUGGCCCGCGUGAAUUCCCCUCCGGGGGGGUCGAUCAUCGCCAUCAGCUCCAUCUCGGCGCUCGUCGGCGGCGCGCAGCAGACGCAUUACACGCCCACCAAGGCGGGCGUGCUCAGUCUGAUGCAGAGCACGGCCUGUGCGCUGGGGCAGUAUAACAUCCGGUGUAACGCGCUGCUGCCGGGCACGAUUCGUACGCAGUUGAACGAGGAGGAUCUGAAGGAUGACGGGAAGCGGGGGUACAUGGAGGGAAGGAUACCGCUGGGCAGGACGGGCGUGCCGGGGGAUUUGGCCGGGCCGGCAGUGUUUUUGGCGUGUGAGGAGCUGAGUGGGUACGUGACCGGCGCGCAGCUGCUGGUGGAUGGGGGGUUAUUUGUGAAUUUGCAGUAAGGGGUAGUGUGCGGUUGUUGUAGGUUGUGAUUUUAUCUUUCGAGGAGUAUAAUUCUAUCUUUUGAGGAAGUAUACUACUAUGUACGUAGUCCGGGGCCUUUUUUUUGGGUGGGGGGGUGAGUGGGGAGUGCAGGGCGGCUCAUACUAAGACCACCCGCGCUCUAAGUAAUGGUAACUACAUGAACCAAGUCACUAUCCUGGGAUUCUCAAAGUCGAGUUCCGGUUUGACGAACUCAAAUAUCUUCCUCUUGUUCACGUACUCCUCACUCUCCUGCAG